AGCUGUGGAGGACAGGAAGGGGAGUCGCUUAGACUAAAGAUAUGUCACGGAAAGGAAAAGCAGACAUUGUACAUGAUAAGCAUGGGUCAAGAUUAAUUCGGAAUGAAAAUUGCUAUGAGGAAUGAGAGGAGCGUGGUGAGAGGUGACGGAAUAGAAGAGGAUUACAAAAGAACAAGCUGUGUUAUGUACAUGUUCACACUUCCAAAGAUGAUUGCAAAAUGUAUCUACUUCAAACAGUCAGAUCAAGCACACAUGGAAGCUAGAAAUCAAACACCUGCCUUGGAAUUCCUUCUCCUGGGACUCACAGAGGACCCUGGCCUACAGCCUCUUCUUUUCAGCCUGUUCCAGUCCGUGUAUCUGGUCACCAUCCUGGGAAACCUGCUCAUCAUCCUGGCCGUCAGCUCUGACUGCCACCUCCACACCCCCAUGUACUUCUUCCUCUUCAGCCUGUCCCUUACAGACAUUGGUUUAAGCUCAAGCACAGUCCCAAAGAUGCUGGUGAACAUUCAUGCGGAAGAUCAGAGAAUCUCUUACCCAGGCUGCAUCACCCAGGUCUGUUCAGUCCUGGUUUUCAGUGGACUGGAGACUUGUCUCCUUUCAGCAAUGGCCUAUGACCGCUACGUGGCCAUCUGCCAUCCCCUCAGGUACGCAGUCAUCAUGAGCACCCGUAUGUGUGUUUCACUGACUCUCUUCUCCUUGGCUGUUAGCAUCCUGAAUGGACUGAUUCACAGUCUGUUGGUGCUGAGGCUGUCUUUCUGCACAGAGAUAAUAAUCCCCCAGUUCUUCUGUGAACUUACCCAGAUCCUCAGGCUCACUUGUUCUGAUACCCUGAUUCACAACAUAGUAAUGUAUGUUUCAACUUGCAUCUUUGGUGGUGUUCCUGGGCUUGGAAUCUUGUUUCUUACAUUCAUUCACAUUGUGUCAUCGAUCCUGAGAAUGCCAUCAUCAGAAAGAAUGCAUAAGGGCUUUUCCACCUGUGGCUCUCACUUGUCCGUUGUCACCUUGUACUAUGGGACAGGUUUGGGGGUGUACUUUAGCUCUGCAGUGACUGAUUCACCCAGAAAGACUACAGUGGCUUCACUGAUGUGUUGUGUGGUCCCUCAAAUGCUGAACCCCUUCAUCUACAGUCUGAGGAACAGGGAUAUGAAGGAAGCCUUGAGAAAACUCCUUUGCAGAAGAGCGUCUCUCCUUUGAUCUGCUGUGUGCUCUCUACUUCAGUUUCCAGAGGGAGCCGUAGGGACCGGAGUCCUGGUGAGAUGGAACAGCUGACCCGUAACUCACUAUGUGAUGAGGUCGUCUAGUAGCCACGCACUUUUAAGUAUGGAUCAGUGUGAGACUUUGUUUUUGUCUAGCUCUGUCACGUGAUGUGUGACAUCUGAUUUAAAUUUUUGAACACAGACAUUUUAUUAGUAUACAUUUGCACCACGUAAUACUUACAUUUUUUCUGGGAAACCGGGACAGUGGCACAUGGCAUUUUGAUCAUCUUUCACUGUAUUUAUUGGUUCUGUUUAGGUAUACAGCACAGUUACA